AUGUCCUUUGGCAUUGGGCCAGAUGUUAGAAUGAGAGAGAGGGCAUUUGUGAUUAAGAGCUACAUCCUCAUUUCAUGCCAUCUGCCAGUUUUCAGUUUCUGGAUUGUUGGCCCAUUAAAUGUGGAAUUUGUGCACCCUGUGAAUCUGGAAACUAUAGAGAAAGAAAAUCCUAAAUUGAAACGAGGAGGUCGAUUUACCCCAGAAGACUGCACAGCAGUUCAAAAAGUGGCCAUUAUUAUCCCCUUCAGGAAUCGGGAUGAACAUCUACGUUAUUGGCUCUUUUAUCUCCACCCCUUUCUACAGCGACAGCAGCUGGAUUACGGGAUAUAUGUGAUAAAUCAGGAUGGUGACGAAACAUUCAAUCGUGCUAAGCUUCUGAAUAUAGGCUUUCAAGAAGCCUUGAAAGAAUAUGACUAUGACUGCUUUGUAUUUAGUGACGUAGAUCUGAUUCCUAUGGAUGAUAGGAAUACCUACAGAUGUUUUGAACAGCCGAGACACCUCUCUGUGUCAAUGGAUAAAUUUGGAUUUAGAUUACCUUAUAACCAGUAUUUUGGAGGUGUCUCUGCUUUAAGUAAAGAACAGUUCCUCAAAAUAAAUGGAUUUCCUAAUAACUAUUGGGGUUGGGGAGGUGAAGAUGAUGAUAUUUAUAACAGAUUAAUUUAUAAAGGCAUGUCUAUAUCACGCCCAAAUGCUGUCAUUGGAAAAUGUCGGAUGAUCCGCCAUUCAAGAGACCAAAAAAAUGAGCCCAAUCCACAAAGAUUUGACAGAAUUGCACACACUAGACAGACCAUGAACUUUGAUGGUUUGAACUCACUUACCUACCAGCUUUUGGAGAUUAAAAGAUACCCUCUCUAUACCAAAAUCACAGUGGAUAUUGGGUCACCAAGUUAG